AUGAAUUCAACUCCAGAUUUAAUAACACCACAAAAAUCCAAUUCUUCUGAAACAUAUGAUUUGGAGUCAGGUCGUUCGAAGGCCGUAAACACCCCAGAUGGCAAAAACGAAAGCUUUCACGACAACCUGAGCGAAAAUCAGACACAACCUGCUGUUUCUCCCCCAAACACUGGUAAGGGUGCCUAUGUAAUGGUUUCCAUCUGUUGUGUUAUGGUUGCUUUCGGUGGUUUCAUUUUCGGAUGGGAUACCGGUACCAUUUCUGGUUUUGUCGCCCAGAAAGAUUUCUUGAAAAGAUUCGGUAUGAAGCACCACGAUGGUAGCCAUUACUUAUCUAAGGUUAGAACUGGUUUGAUUGUAUCCAUUUUCAACAUUGGUUGUGCCAUUGGUGGUAUCGUCUUAUCUAAAUUAGGUGACAUGUAUGGUCGUAGGAUCGGUUUAAUUGUCGUUGUCGUGAUCUAUACUAUUGGUAUUAUAAUUCAAAUUGCAUCCAUCGACAAAUGGUACCAAUAUUUCAUUGGUAGAAUUAUCUCAGGUCUAGGUGUUGGUGGUAUCACUGUUUUGUCUCCUAUGUUGAUAUCGGAAGUCGCUCCCAGUGAGAUGAGGGGCACCUUAGUCUCAUGUUAUCAAGUCAUGAUUACCUUGGGUAUUUUCUUGGGUUACUGCACCAAUUUCGGUACCAAGAAUUACUCUAACUCCGUUCAAUGGAGGGUUCCAUUGGGCCUAUGUUUUGCAUGGGCCAUAUUUAUGGUUGCAGGUAUGUUGUUUGUUCCAGAAUCGCCACGUUAUUUGAUUGAAGCAGGUAGAAUUGACGAAGCUAGAGCUUCUCUUGCCAAGGUUAACAAAUGUCCGCCCGAUCAUCCAUUCGUUCAAUAUGAGUUAGAAACUAUCGAAGCUAGUGUUGAAGAAAUGAAAGCUGCUGGUACUGCCUCAUGGGGUGAGUUAUUCACUGGUAAACCAGCUAUGCUUCAACGUACCAUGAUGGGUAUCAUGAUCCAAUCUCUACAACAAUUGACUGGUGAUAACUACUUUUUCUACUACGGUACUAUUGUUUUCCAGGCUGUUGGUUUAAGUGAUUCUUUCGAGACUUCCAUUGUCUUUGGUGUCGUUAAUUUCUUCUCCACUUGUUGUUCUUUAUACACAGUCGACCGUUUUGGCCGUCGUAACUGUUUGAUGUGGGGUGCUGUUGGUAUGAUCUGCUGUUAUGUUGUUUACGCUUCCGUCGGUGUUACUAGGUUGUGGCCAAAUGGUCAAGAUAACGGUUCAUCCAAAGGUGCCGGUAAUUGUAUGAUCUGUUUCGCCUGUUUCUAUAUUUUCUGUUUUGCUACUACCUGGGCUCCAAUCGCUUACGUCGUCAUUUCGGAAUGUUUCCCAUUGAGAGUCAAAUCUAAGUGUAUGUCUGUUUCCAGCGCUGCUAACUGGAUCUGGGGUUUCUUGAUUAGUUUUUUUACCCCAUUUAUCACCAACGCCAUAAACUUCUACUACGGUUAUGUUUUCAUGGGUUGUAUGGUUUUCGCAUAUUUCUAUGUAUUUUUCUUUGUUCCAGAAACUAAAGGCUUGUCAUUAGAAGAAGUUAAUGAUAUGUACGCCGAAGGUGUUCUACCAUGGAAAUCAGCUUCCUGGGUUCCAGUCUCUAAGAGAGGCGCAGACUAUGAUGCUGAUGACCUGAUGCAUGAUGACCAACCAUUUUACAAGAGCAUGUUUAGUCGGAGUUAG